AAAGGCCACACCUUCCAGUCAGGCCCAUUCCCUCCCAGCUCUGGUGCAAGAACUUUGGGACGAAAGAGUACUAAUCCAGCACUUCUCUGGGAAGAUCACAAUGCUAUGCAUGGGCCUAGGACCACAUGAGGUUGGGCUCGGCUCCCAUUGUGGCUUUGUUCACUUCCACAACCGCCAGGCUCAUCAAAAUGUCAUCGCAGCUGCCACGGAGGGCGGCAAUGACUUUCCUCACCAUGCCUUCGGCCACCAACCUGAUUUUGUUCACAUCAUCCAAGCAGAAGUGGUGAAGCAGCGUAACCCUCUCUUAUUGUUCGCUUCCGCCUCUCAUCUGCUCUGGUAUUGCCGCCCUGCUUCCGGGAGCUCUGUACUAGGGUUUGAUCUUUCAUCGUCGGGAACUAUGGCGACGGCGGCGACGGAAUCGGUUCAGUGUUUCGGACGGAAGAAGACGGCGGUGGCCGUGACUCACUGCAAGACGGGGAAGGGCUUGAUCAAGAUCAACGGAGUGCCAAUCGAGCUCAUCCAGCCGGAGAUUCUCCGGUUCAAGGCGUUCGAGCCGAUCCUGCUCCUAGGACGCCACCGCUUCGCCGGAGUAGACAUGCGCAUCCGCGUUAAGGGCGGAGGCCACACCUCCCAGAUCUACGCCAUCCGGCAGUCCAUCGCCAAGGCUCUGGUGGCGUAUCACCAGAAGUACGUCGACGAGCAGUCGAAGAAGGAGAUCAAGGACAUUCUCGUUCGCUACGACCGCACCUUGCUCGUGGCGGAUCCGAGGCGGUGCGAGCCGAAGAAGUUCGGCGGCCGUGGUGCUCGCGCCAGGUUCCAAAAAUCUUACCGUUAAGAAGCAAAUUCUACCAUUUUUAGUCACUUCAACCUCAUCUCCCUCUUAUUUCUUAUCCAUGAAAUCACUUUUUUGAAAUUCUCUAUUGAACUGUUAUUUUCUCUGUGUUUAUUGACUUGGUUCAAUGAGGAAAAUCUUGCAUUUCUAGAUUUCCCAGCAUUUUAUUUGAUUGAUGGAUUCUGGAGACAUAUUAGUGUCUUAAAUUUCUUCUUUGGUGCUUGGUUACUAGCUAUUUGUUUGUGUUCUUUUGACACCAAGGUCUCCUGCCAUACUAAUAUGACACCCAUCCAUUUGACAACAAUAAUGCUAGUGGUAAAUG